AGCGAGAAUGACGACGACGACGACGACGACGAUGAUGAUGAUGAUGAUGAUGAUGACGACGACGAUGAUGACGAUGACGCCAAAGCGCCAGAAGGCGCUUACAACCCAAAUGAUUUUGAAAACUUGCCCGUAACGGCCGAAGUUAAAGAAUUGUUUCAAUACAUUACAAGAUAUUCGCCGCCUAACUUGGACCUGACCUUCAAAUUGAUCCCAUUCAUUCCUGAUUAUAUCCCUGCAGUCGGAGAUAUUGAUGCGUUUCUCAAGAUACCUCGUCAUGAUGGCAAGCGGGACAAAUUAGGACUAACGAUAAUAGAUGAGCCUUGCGCCAAACAAUCAGAUCCAGUUGUGCUGGAACUCCUACUAAGAUCUCUAUCGAAGGAUACCGUUGUAUCUAGCAAAAUUAAUGUAAAGAGCGUAGACAUAGAUCAGGCAGACAGUACAAAACACAUUGACUCGUGGAUAAAAAAUAUCGACAAUUUACACAGAAGCAAGCCACCUCCCACUAUUCAUUAUACAAAAAAAAUGCCUGAGGUAGAUGACCUAAUGCAAGAAUGGGACAGCGAAAUCGAAGACGUCGUCAAAGAUGUUUCCUUCCCAAUUGAAAUUGACUGCGAACUUGCCCAGAUGGUCGACAUAGUCUGCGGCGUGUGUGACGUACCGGUACACUCGAAUAAGGUGGAAUCACUGCAUCUUCUGUUUACCCUAUUCUCCGAGUUUAAGAAUUCUCAGGUCAUUAUGAAUGAGUGA